AACCCGAAGCGGUGGACGAGGACGACACUACAGAGACACUUUUGAUACUUGGCCGUCUGUCUGUUAGGGCUGUUCGUUGAGUUCACCGGAGUGAGUCCCGCCGUUUUAAUCUCACCGGAGCAGCGAUCAUCUGCCUAAUUUCAGUGGAUCGAUCGUAUCUGAAAUUCCACCAACAUCGCUACGUCGAGGGAGCAGUGAACAAGUGAUCAGGAGCGAUGUCUCAGAGCCCUAGAUCUUCACAGGCUCCGUACUUGACGGUGUCGGUGACGGAUCCAGCUAAGAUGGGAAACGGAGUUCAGGCUUAUAUUUCCUACAAAGUUAUCACUAAGACAAAUCUACCUGAAUAUGAUAGCCCUGAGAAGAUUGUGAUUCGAAGAUACAGUGAUUUUGUUUGGUUGAGGGACCGGCUUUUCGAAAAGUUCAAGGGCAUAUUCAUUCCUCCUCUUCCUGAGAAGAGCACUGUAGAGAAGUUUAGGUUUAGUGCUGAAUUCAUUGAAUUAAGGCGUCAAGCUCUGGAUGUGUUUGUUAACCGAAUCGCUUCACAUCAUGAGCUGCGCCAGAGUGAGGAUUUAAGAAUUUUUUUGCAGGCUGAUGAGCAGACGAUGGAAAGAGCAAGAUUCACUGAAACUGGCAUUUUCAAGAAGCCAGCUGAUUUGAUACAAAUUUUCAAGGAUGUACAGUCCAAAGUUAGUGACGUUGUUCUUGGAAAGGAAAAACCAGUUGAAGAAUCGAAUGCUGAGUAUGAGAAACUGAAGACUUACAUUUUCCAGCUUGAGGAUCACCUAGCUGAAGCCCAGAAGCAUGCCUACCGUCUUGUAAAGCGGCACAGAGAGUUGGGACAAUCUUUAUCUGAUUUUGGCAAGGCCGUCAAGCAACUAGGUGAGUGUGAAGGAAAUGCUCUCGGAAAGGCAUUCGCCGAACUUGGAGCAAAGUCGGAGAUUUUGUCUAUUAAGUUGCAGAAAGAAGCUCAACAUCUGUUGAUGAAUUUUGAAGAACCUUUGAAGGAUUACGUCCGAGCGGUGCAAUCAAUAAAGGCUACAAUGGCAGAGAGAGCAAAUGCUUUCCGGCACCACUGUGAACUUGUCGAAGCAAUCAAGUUUAAGGAAAUCGACAUGAACAAGCUGAGAUUAACCCGAUCAGAAAAACUAGCCGAAGCCGAGCGCGAAUACGAGGAGCUUAAAGCUGACGGCAUGGAGGCAACAAGAAGAUUCGACACAAUCGUGAAACGAAUGAACGAAGAGAUCGCCCGUUUUCAAGAACAGAAAACAAUUGAUAUGGGAGUCGCGUUCCAUGAAUUCGCCAAGGGUCAGGUGCACCUGGCCAACGGCAUAGCCGAAGCCUGGCGAAGCCUCGUCCCGAAAAUUGAAGCUUGCUCUGCCCUAACCGCAACCGUGUAGGCGGCGGCGGCGGCGGGACGACGGUAACAGUGCAAUUGAAUCUAGAUCACAUCUGGGACUGUAGAGAUUGUACAGACGCCAAUAUACAACACUUUAGGCAACCCAAUGUCGUCUCCUGAAUAAUUUACAGUGCUUUUUCAGAUUUGUGUUAUAAUUGAGUGCUUUUCGUAAUUAAGGGUU